GAGUGGGAAAAACUCAAGUGUGUAAUUCUCUCUCUGUGGUGCCCAGGUGAUCCUGUAAGCAGAGCAGUGCUGGAGUCGGCCUGGGGAAGGGGGAGUGUGGGUUUGAGUUUCUAAAGAUCAUGAUUCAUGACAAGGAAUUGUGUUCCACAGAAGUUCAGCUGCCGGUACCUGAGCAAUAAAGACAGAGAGAACUAUGCAGUGGGCGGGGCGUGCAGGCUACUGUGUGUGUAAUGACAGAGAAGGGGCGGGGUUACAGGAACAGAUUGAACGACUUGGCCCCUGGGACUUUCAAGCACUCAAGGUCCCAGCCACACAAGGGGAAGGUCUCAUUCCAACUGAGGGCUGGUGUAUGGAGGAAUCGCUGUAACGUACUCAAUGGAGCUUUUAUAUAGGGGAACUGGAGAGAACUGAACGCGCAACAACUCGUGCGGGAGUUUCGUGUGUGUAUGUGGUGCUCAGCAGUUAGUGUACUUUCGGGAAGAACUGGGACUUCAGAAUAAAGUGUAACAGAUGCACCCCUGAGUUUUACCUUGGAAUAAGCCAGAUAAGGAAUAGAAGCAAGAGAUUUCCGUUGCUGUUUCACCACAGGACCUUUUCUGAGAGGAGGAGGAGGAGACAGUCUUGAGCCGACAGGACAUACAGGUGCACUCUGACCUGCCAUCAGUCUCAUUUGUACAACGGUCUAAACCAAUUCCUGUGUGUGGGGAGGGGGGUCUAGCUUGCAGUGCACUCUCCCCUUUGUCUCCCCCUUGCCUGACAAUCCAAUGGGCUCGUCUCAGGAAUUAGCUCAACUUCAAAACUUGUUCUCCGCGUGUGAUGUGAGGGGCUCGGGGUUGGUUUUGCUGGAAGACUUUGCCUCGGUGUGUGGGGAUCUGGGGGUGGAACCAGGCCUGGUCCGACCACUCUUUCAGAUGCUGGAUGUGGAUGGGGACGGGAUCAUUGAUUUCCAAGACUUCACAGCCGGAUUCGAGGAGGUCUCCCAAACCCUCAAUCUGCAGGCUUUCCAUCAGCCCCUGCCGACCCCUGCCUGGGAGGAGUUGGAGGACAGGCUGGGGGGAGAGUUGCAGCACCUGAGCAGUUCAACAAAAGAAUGGUUGUACGGCUUUUACCAAGACCUCCAGGGGGUAUCUGUGCCGGGACUCAUUCAGCAGUAUGAGAGGGUGGUUGAGAAUGUGUCAUAUGAUUUACGGGCUCAGAGGCUCAACAUUGAAAAGUUGGAAUCUGUCCUUAAAAGGACUGAAGGGGCAACAGCGAAGCAGAUUGCAGAAAUGGAGGAAGAUUUACAGCAUCACCUAACCAAGAUGGAGAGGCAGAUACGAGAGGAGGAGGCGCAGAGGCUGAAUGCUGCUGUCCAGGAACUACAAAGGAAGCAUGAGAUGGAAACCCUCAGCCUGCAGACAAAGAUUGAUCAAAUGACUAAGCGCAAAGAUGAACGGUUGGUAAUGGAAAACAAGGAAGAAAGUACUAAGCUGAAAAACCAGAUCUUUGACCUUUCACAGGAGAAUGAGCAGCUGAAGAUGACCCUGCUGAGAGCACAAACCGACAUCUCUUUGCUGCAGACAGAAGUGGACAGACUGAAGGACUACAUGACUGAUCAGCAGACGCACCAUAACAGAGAGAAGGAACAGCUGAAGAGUAUGGUAGAGGAAAGAAGAACAUUUACAAACCAAAUCCAGAUACUAAAUGAAGCCAACAAAUCUCUGUAUGAUAACAAUGACAGCAUGCGCUCCACUCUCUCAAAUCUGGAAAAUGAAAGGAAGCGGCAUUCCUCCCCCAGUCAUCUCAGCGAGCCCUCUGUGAUCACCUACAGUAGUUUCACAGUAGAUGAUGAUCCCUACAGAAAAUUCUCCGAUGUAGCCACUUGGGCGGACAGAUGUAUAGAUAGUGGGGUAUCCCUGCCACGCAGCGUGGGCUACAGUGAUGUGGACAGUGAAUUUGGAAGUGAGCACAGCAAUAGCUCAGAGGAACGCUGGAAUGGAAGCAUCCAUUAUGCAAACUCAGAUAUUGAGUCAGAAGUAGAUGGAAAACUCAAAUGGAGCCCGUCUCGCCCUUUAAGCCGCGCUGAUUCUUCAGCUUCAUCGAAGAGAAAGCUCCCUGCCUUUACACCCAGGAAACAGGGGGUGCCAGCAGAAGAGGUUUCACAGGCGUCCAGCCCAAUAUACAGACUUGUGCUUGCUGGUGACGCUGGUUCUGGGAAAUCCAGUUUCCUUCUCAGACUGUGCCUGAACGAGUUCCGGGGAGACAUUCCUACAACAUUAGGUGUUGAUUUCCAGAUAAAGAAGCUCAUGGUUGAUGGAGACCACACGACAUUACAGAUCUGGGACACAGCUGGCCAGGAGAGGUUCCGCAGUAUUGCCAAGUCCUAUUUCCGCAAGGCGCAUGGCGUUCUGCUGAUGUAUGAUGUUACCUCUGAGAGGAGCUUCCUUAACGUGCGACAGUGGAUAGACGAGAUCAAGAACACAUCUGACAAACCCAUUCCCAUGAUGCUAAUUGGCAACAAAACGGACAUAAGGACAGAAAUGAAUGGCAUUCAGACAUCAAUGGGGGAAAAGUUGGCCAUGGCUUACAGCGCCCUCUUCUGUGAGACCAGUGCAAAAGACGGUACCAAUGUAGUAGAAGCUGUUCUGCACCUUGCUAGAGAAGUGAAGAAAUGUACAGACUUGGAAGUAGAAAACAAGGAGCCAGUGACGUUACUCGGUAUUCAGGACAAGAAGUCCAAUUGCUGCAAGAUGUAACCUCAUCUAUAAACUGAGACAUAUUGGCUUGAAGUCAAUGCUUUUAAUAUGAAGGAUUGCUAUACGUCUGCACCAGAAUUUACUGUAAAGAUUGUACUUUUGAGAAAAGAAAUUUGAAGAUCGACAUUGACAGCCUUGGGCUAAAUCAAGAGAAAUGGUUGCACAGGAGCACAAAGCGUUUAGGCGACUUACAAAAGUGCACUUUGUUUUUCCUUCUUCUGAUUGGAUCUUUCGCUUCACUGCCUGCCAUUAAACGUAAAUUCCACAGAACUUGAAUAUUUUGAGAAGCUACAAAAGAUCUUUUAGAAUUAUGUAAAGUAUAUAUAUAUAUAUAUAUAUUUUUUUUUUUUUUAGUACUUAAGGUUUUGCCCUGCUAGAAUGGAUGGCAAAACGUACUGGAUUUCACUCCUCUAUGAGGCAUUUAAUAUACCUAAUCGUAUAUAAGUAUUUACUGGGGGUUACAUGCCCCACCAGGAUGUUUACUUUGAAUGUAUGUCUGCACAUUUUAAUGAACUGUCUAAAAAAAGGGGGGGGGGGGGAGACUGUAAUAGAAAUUGUACAAUGCAACUGUACUGCAUUACAGGGAAUUUUUUAAAACUGUUAAUAAAUAUUUUAUUUGUUUAAAAAUA